AAAUUUAGAAGUGUUGGUGUAUUUCCGUCAAUUGCGAUUGGCAAAACACAGUCAUAGAUAAGGCACAGUUGUUUUUCGUUUUCCAUUUUGGGAGCACAUUAAAUUAACAUAGGAUAAACAAUUAAUAUCAGUCAACAUAAAUAAAAAGUAGCAAAUAUUCAAGUGCAGCAAUUCGAGGGAUAUUUGUUGUUACUGGGAUGUCAAUAAGUCGGUAGAGCCGCAUUCGAGAAACGUCAAGGGAGAUCAUUUUCUCACGUCGUAUUAAAAAUAGAUAGUUCCUGCAAGAUCCUAACCAUUUCCCUUUAAAAUGGCAACUGGGACAUGCAAGGCCGCUAUGCGAUUGUUGACAUGCUUUUGCGGGUGCUCAGAAAUGUCGGAGGAGGAGGUACGCCGUAUUUAUCGUCUAAACGCUCAAGAUACUCUGAAUGACACAAAAGCAGCACAGAUUUUUCGACGUUUUUUGGAGCAAGAUCGUUGUGGAGAGAAAGGGGAAAUCGAAAAUUAUUUGGAUAUCUAUGAAAUGUGUAGUGAAUAUUUAAAAGAGGAUUGUUUAACAUUUGAUCAGUUAAAUGCGCUGUACGAGAUGGAGCUGAAAUAUUACUUAGAGAAAAAACUAAAUCUGUACAUAAUGUUACUGGAAGAAAAGCAAAGGGAAAAUAUUCAUAUACAUGAAAUCGAGCGUGAUUUAAAACGUAUUCAGGCAGAUUAUCGCUGCGAAAUCGAAGCUAGCGAGGAGUACAGAAAUUACAAGCAUGCAAUAUUAAAGAAACUGAAGCAGUUGACGUGAGGAUUAAGUGCGGGGCAGGGGAAAAAAAGACAACGAAAGCGAUAACAAUGAAACUACUGCCUCAAGGGAUUGCGUUCUUAAAUAUGUAAAAAAUGUAUUAGUUUGCCUCAAGUUAAUGUUCCAAAGAUACAUCACAAAGCUUUGCUUUAGCAAAUCGGUCACGCUGGAGAUUUGCUUACUCUCACUAUUUCCAUCCAACACUGUACUCUAAUAUGUAAUACAUUUACAUACAAUGUAAUAUAUUCUCCCACGCCUGAUUUAUUUCUGAAGAUUAUAAGUAGUGUUGUUUAUCGUACCAUGUGCUUAAUAAUACACUUAGUGAUAGAAAAUAAAUUUUCGCUUUUUAUUAUUUUACGUUAAGUAAAUUAUUUUAUUUCAUUUUACAUAACUAGACUUAUAUAUUCAAUAUAUGAAGCUUAUACACUACUAAGCAAAUUUUA